AUGAAAAAGAACAAAAACUACACCAAUCCCUUUACACUCUUUGCGUUUACGGAACAACAUUCCACGGCUGCCAUGCAAAAUACUCUACCCGGUUGUGUUUUCUGUAAAAUUGCCGCCGAUAAUGAUCCUGCAACGGUAGUUGUUUUCCGAAAUGAGCGAAUGUGCAUUUUUAAGGACAUUAGACCGGCAUCGGAUUUCCAUUAUCUGGCUAUACCGAACCAUCACGUUGAAAAUGUGAACUCUCUCACUGCUGCUGAUAAGCCCUUGCUUGCGGAGCUGAAACGUGAGCUGGUUAACUAUAUGGAAAGCAACGAGGUUGAGCUGCACCAGACUUGCUUCGGUUUCCAUAUGCCUCCAUUUACAAGCGUGAAACAUUUACAUCUGCAUGCGAUUGCACCAGUCGGUAGAAUGGGGUUUAUUUCUAGGAUUAUUUUUCGACCCAAUACUAUGUGGUUUAAAACGGAUGAGGCUAUUAUGCAGGGUAUUUCUAGCGAGAGUACACGUCGCUAA